UCAGCGAGAAGUUCAGUGCCAGGGGAUUUGACUAUGCCAUCAUAUACCCAAGGCCAACACUCCCACUGGGGAUCAAAUAUUGUGUUACUCUGCGGAAAGCAAGACGACCCGCAAGGUGACUCCAGAAGAUUUUCAGCACCUUUCAUAAAGGAGAAUCCAUUUCCAAAGGAGAAAGAAUUUGACACGUGUGCUGUUGUUGGGAACUCAGGGAUUCUGACAAACAGCAGCUGGUGGAGAGAUGACUCGAGUCCGGACUCAGGUUUUGUUAUCAGGUGCAACCUACCUUCUUUGGGAAAAGGCUAUGAGAAACAUGUGGGCACCAAGACUGACAUUGUGACAUUAAAUCCGAGCAUCCUCGUUAGAAAGUAUGGAUCCUUAGACGGGUCUAGACGUCCAUUUGUGGAGAGUCUACAUAUCUACGGCAAGUCCUUGCUGCUUCUACCUGCCUUUGCCUUUUCAUUUUGUACUCCUUUGAGCCUGAAGGCUGCAUACAGCAUUAGGGACCUUGAAAGUCCAAUUAGGCCCACCUACUUCAACCCUGAGUACCUACGGAGACUGAGCAACUUCUGGCGCUCCAGAGGCCUACACAGAGUCCUAAACAAAGGCAUACUCAGCACCGGCUUACUGAUGGUUAACAUAGCGCUGGAAAACUGUGCCAACGUGCAUCUGUACGGUUUCUGGCCCUUCAGUAUUCAUCCAUUUCAGUAUUCAUCCGUGAAAAACCACUAUUUCGAUAAUGAAACAGCUAACUGGGGAACGCAUUCCAUGCCCGCUGAGUUUAACCUGUUGUUGCAGCUGCACAGUCAAGGUGUGCUCAGGCUUCACCUGGGGAACUGUCGACCAGGUAAAAAUUAGUUCCCAGGUCCAGAGACAGAUGAGACUGGGCAUCUGAAGAAUUGGGACAUUUCCUGGUGGACUGAGGGUUAAUCUCAGAAUUUUGUCUGGGUUCUUAUGCCCCUUUCACACCAACGCGUUCCCAGGGCCGGAUCGGAGCUUGAGCCUGAUAAGCACAGUUUUUCCUGUUCACACCGCAGCGGAGCCGGCUCUUUUUUUACCCAAAAACCGGUUCUUACCAUGUGUUACGGAGUUAAAAAUGUGUAUACAUAAUUAUUAGUUAUAAAUUACAAUUUACAAUAGGUUGUGAAUUUUAUUUCUAUGAGAUUGUUUCCUUUUAAUAUUUUUGAGUAUUGUUUCUAGUGGGAACACUUUCCCGUUGCACAUCGUUUUCUACUUCCUGUAUGUCAUUUCCGCUUUCCCCUCACAUUGAAGUGAGCACUGCUGAGGGUAAGCUGUGCUAGGAAUUGUGUUAUAGUUCAUUACAAUUUUGUGUGGUAAACCGGCUAUUUAAGUUUAUGAAAGUGAUGUAUGUUGUUAAGUGUCAAUUUGGGUAUAUUAUUAACCCGUUUUUGUUAAGUUUCCACCGUAAGAAAUUGUAUUUUUGAGUGAUAUCUACGGUGUGGUUUUGGCGGGAAAUAGACGCGAUCUGCGUCAUUUUCUUUGUUUACAUGUCAACACUUUCCGACUUUUCUUUAUUUUCUUUUGUAAAGAUGUGCAACGCGGAUGCAAAGAGAAUAUUAUAUUUGUUCUCAGGUAUGUUUGUAUUUUGUAUGAUUACUUAAAAAUAAGAUUUUCUUGGUAAUUUAAUAAUUUCUCAAUGUAUAAAUAAAUACUAGAAGACAUUGAAGUGAGCACCGCUGAG